AUGAUGAGUCGAAUGAACUGCGGUUAUAUCGACGAUACGCAAAUGCAUAUGCCGUACGGAAAGCUGUCAGACGGGACGACGCUUGUGGCUGCCGAAUUCCAAGAUGGUGUCGUUAUUGGAACGGACAGCAGAACAUCAAUGGGGUCGUUGAUCGUUGGACGGGUAACAGAUAAAAUUACGGAAAUCACACCAUUCAUUUGUUGCCUUCGAUCCGGUUCUGCGGCCGAUACCCAGGCAGUGACGGACAUCGUCAAGUACAUGCUGGAGGUGUACGAGAUGGAACACAAUUGUGUGGCUCCCGUGUUCAUCGCUGCGCAGAUGUUUCGCGAUAUGUGCUACCGAUACCGCGAGCAGCUAUCCGCUGGAAUAUUGGUUUGUGGAUGGGACCAAACAAAGGGUGGUCAGGUGUAUUCCGUUCCGUUGGGCGGAAUGAUUGUUCGGCAAUCGAUGGGAUGCGGUGGGUCUGGAAGCACCUAUAUAUACGGCUACCUGGACAGUACUUACAAAGCGGGCAUGACCGAAGACGAGUGCGUUGAAUUCGUCAAAAAAGGCGUUGCGUUAGCAAUGUCUAGGGAUGGCAGCAGUGGCGGGUGCAUCCGUCUGGGCGUCAUCAGCAAAAGAGGUUUGGAGAGAAAGAUUUUCACCGGAGACGACAUCCCAAAAUUCACCUUGUAG